CACACACACUUCCUCCUGUGACAUCUUGGGUUAUUAUCAUGGUCAACAAACCUAUGCAUUCCUCACUGAAACCUUCACGUUAUUCGGACUUCCUUUACCUUAACCCAGAAUCCUACCUUACCUUCCAAGGUCAGAGUCACUCACUUGCAUGGUUUCAAGGAAGACACUGGCAGUUUUGAGGAUGAUUGGCAAGACUGGUGAGGAUUCUCUAGACUAUUUCUGAACACUGUUUGCAGCGUUCUUCCCCCUGUAAGACUGGGGUUGUAGGUUUAAGGAGAGGGCCACGAGGCAAAGUGUCAAUCUCACCCAACCCAGUCAGGGGUGCACACUGUCACCUUGCCUGACCUCUGUGACACCCACAGUGUGUCUCCAUCAGAGACAGUGUGACAUCACCCUGCCUGCCACCCUGCUCCCUGUACCCCUGGGCAGGUGGUCUCUGUGUGCAGCCCACCUGAGUCUGAAUUGUGCUCCAUCUACCCAGGGGAAGUAGCUACAGAGGCCAGCAGAACUUUCUCACACAAGAUAUGUGUCUUUUCUCUUUUUUUUUUAUUUUGAGACAGGGUCUCUCUGUAUAGUUUAGCCUGAUCUGGAAGUCACUGCCCUCCUGACUGUCUCCCCAAGUGGUGGUGUGCCAGCAUGGACUGUCAUGCCCAGCUUGAGAUUUGUGUCAGAUUCCCUUCAGCUGUUUAUCUGUUUAGUAUUUUUUUUGGUAGCUGCAAGGGCACUAGUUUUGUAUUUGGGGGGUCACAGUUCAACAGCUGCUCAGAGCACUCAGAUGUUGGCUCAUUGAACUUUUGGAUGGCUUUGCACAUUGUUAAUGCAAGUGGAUUGUUUUGAGCAUGUCCCUGUUUUGUGGCACCAUGGGGUUUUCCAUGCAUCUCAGAACCCCCUUUUGUCUCUGUUAGAAUCAGCCACGUAUCCUGUACCUGCUGGUUUAUUAAACUGGACCACGUUAGUUAUUGGACUGAGGAUCUGGGCAUGGCAUGUAUUUUGUAUAGAGUCCCAUUCCCUCCAUAUCCUCUCAGCUGGUGUACAAGGAGCACACACACACACACCAACCAGUGUGUGUGCCAGCAUGUCACCUAGAAAUGCUUCCCAUCUGCUUCUAUAGUAAGCUGAACUUGAGUUUCUACUUAAGUUCUGUUCUGUUAUCCCGGGAUCUCCAGCCUCUUUGCCUUGCUUAUCUUUAGUCUCCUACCAAUAGGGGUGCCUUGAGUUCAGUGCAGAUGAGGAAGUGAUGAAUGAGAAAGAUCAGCACAGUUUCUUGAGCAGCCAUGUGCUUUUGUGCACACAUGUAGAGGACACCAGGGCCCUUAGGGUCUCCUGAUCUGUCACUUCCCACUCCAUUCCCUUGAGAUGGGGUCGUUCACCGAACCGAGUUCCUCAUUUGAUGACGAGGCUUGUGACCAGGGAAGCUGAGGUUCCCUUUUGGGGUGCUUAGUCUCAUCAACAACAUAAUUUAGAAAUAGACUCACGAAGCAAAGGACAGUUUCAUUAGAGCCUAAGAGAAGCUGCUGGGAACAAGAGACUGAGAGAAAGAAAGCCCUGUCAUUUCUGUUAGGCAUGGAAAGAAACAGCUUAUUAAGAAAGAAAAGUGUAUCCCCAAGAAUGGGUUUUCCUGCUGAACUGAGAAAAGUACCCCAAAAGUAUCCAGCCAGGUGGCAGUAUAUUAUCUUUCACAGCCUUUGUAGGUCAUAGGCUGUGUGUUGAGCAUGCACGCCCUGUUCACUGGAUGAUGCCACUGGAAAGAAGGGCUCUGACUCUUCCACACACUGCCUUCUUUCACAUGCUAGUCUUGAUGUAGCUGUUUUCGUUCCGGCUCUCCUAUCCCCCCAGACUGGCUGGACAGCCAUCCCCAGGGAUCCCCCUCCAGUGCUGGGGUUACCGGUGGGGACAGGCUUCUUAUGUAGGUGUUGGGGACUCCAGGCUCAGGUCCUCAUGUUUGUGUGUCAAGUGUUCUUGCCCACUGAGCCAUCUCCCCAGCUCCCAUUGUCUUUUAUAUCUUUGAUUAUUAUAAUUAUGGACUACCUGCCUAUGGAGAGCCCAGUCUAGAAGAAUGGAUCAAAGCACUGACCAUUGCAUAAUCUCACUUGAAGACUGUUCUGCGAUGACCACAGCGAGGUACCGGCCCACCUGGGACCUGGCCCUCGACCCGCUGGUGUCCUGCAAGCUGUGCCUCGGGGAGUACCCAGCGGAGCAGAUGACAACCAUCGCCCAGUGCCAGUGUAUCUUCUGUACCCUGUGCCUGAAACAGUAUGUUGAGCUCUUGAUCAAAGAAGGACUAGAAACCGCAAUUAGCUGCCCGGAUGCUGCAUGCCCUAAAAAGGGCCACCUUCAGGAAAAUGAGAUUGAGUGUAUGGUUGCAGCUGAAAUUAUGCAAAGAUAUAAAAAGCUACAAUUUGAAAGAGAGGUGCUCUUUGACCCUUGCCGGACGUGGUGCCCAGCAUCCACCUGCCAGGCCGUGUGCCAACUCCAGGACAUAGGACUGCAGACGCCCCAGCUGGUGCAGUGCAAAGCCUGUGACAUGGAAUUCUGCUCUGCGUGCAAAGCCCGCUGGCACCCGGGCCAAGGCUGCCCCGAGACCAUGCCAAUCACCUUCCUUCCCGGGGAGACCAGCUCUGCUUUCAAGAUGGAAGAGGGCGAUGCACCCAUCAAGCGCUGUCCCAAGUGCCGGGUGUACAUCGAGCGGGACAAGGGCUGCGCACAGAUGAUGUGUAAGAAUUGCAAGCACGCCUUCUGCUGGUACUGCCUGGAGUCUCUGGACGAUGACUUCCUUCUGAUACAUUAUGACAAGGGACCUUGUCGCAACAAGUUGGGCCAUUCCCGGGCAUCGGUGAUCUGGCAUCGGACACAGGUGGUGGGAAUUUUUGCUGGAUUUGGGCUCCUGCUCUUAGUGGCUUCUCCUUUCUUGCUCCUGGCCACACCCUUUGUUCUUUGCUGCAAGUGCAAAUGCAGUAAAGGUGAUGAUGACCCACUCCCCACCUAGAGGACUGCGUGAUGAUGCUGGAACAGACCCCUGCUUCGGGACGUGUGGCCCCCUACCCUCCCCCCCACCCCCCACUAAACAUGUUUCUUGCCUUAUGUGCCCCUAUGAGCUUCAGUGUCCGGCUUGCUGCAGAGAUUUCAGGGAUGAUGUCAGCAAGUGGGCAGAGGCCUCGGGUGUGGUCUCCGGGGUGUGGGGGAGGUGAGGUGAGCUAGAAAUGGGUGGGUGCUUCCCACACCUGUGUCUGCAGAUACGGCCUGAGGCGGCAUCAGCCACAUAUCAGGCAGUUUUAUCCCCCGGCCGUAGACUGGGAGUGUCCAGUGGGAGCUUAGGAGACCCACUCAGACAAAGGGACACCUUGGCUUCAAGAUGGCACCAUGUUGUCAGGAGAAGUCUUCAAGAAUUAGGACUCUCUUCAGCCAGCACCUGAUUAUCUGACUUGAGAAAAUCUCUCCAUUUGUGACAACUGUUUUUACUCCUAAAGGCAUUUAGUAAAAUCCUUUUUAGAAGGCUUUUUCCCCCUUUCUGUCAACUGAAUAGUGAAAAUCAACAAGGUGCGUAUAAACCAUCCUAUGCCUUUUUUGAAAUGUGCAUUUUAUGAAGUUACAGGUAAAUGACUUUUCUCUGGCCUGACCAUUUUUUUUUCAGGAGCUACAGAAAGCCUUAUGCACACUUUGUGUUUUUCUUGGAACCUGCUGUAAUUACUUUUUGAAUGCUCUGAGCUGUGUACUGUUAUCCACACAGGUCCCCUGUUGUUGCAUUUCUUCGAAGAUAUUGACACAUUUAAGAAAUGUCUCCAGCUUUACAUCACCCCCGCCUCCCACACACACACACUUCUCCAGUUCAGCUCACAGGGCCCAUUCCUGCGGUCUCCCUUCUCCCAGGUGGCAGCCAAUGCCUUUGAAUAUCUUCAAACUAGAUGUUUUGCUCUGAAGGACUCUGCUCUGACUCCUUGCCCCACUUUUCAGGCAAGGAGAGUUAGAGUCAUCUGUCCCUGGGGGACUCUUGGAAGAUUGGGUGGGAACUUUCUGAAGUCUUUGCAUUGUUCAAAUGCUUUACGUAAUUUGAAAAGUCAUGAGACUCACAUCACACAGACCCAGCCCUGUAGUUAACCAGUUUAUUCUUGCUAGGGAAAAAAAGGAAGAAAAUGAAAGGGAAGAAGGGUGGAGGAGGGAAGGAAGGAGGAAGGACCCUUCUGUUUCAUUUAAUUAUCUGCUGUGGGGAGUUGGUGAAUUGGUCUUUCCUAGGCUAUGUGUUUCCAUGUCAACAAAGUGCAAGAUAAUAAGAAACAGGCCCUUUGCCAAUUGCCUCUGAAAAUAGGAGAGAGUCCUUUCUUUCAGGAUUGACUUUCAGAGCCCAACAUGCUUCCCAGGAGCAGGGUGGAGGUGUGGAGGUUUGCAGGGAGGCAGUGGUCUGAAGGCUUACUAAGUGUCCUAGAGAGGAGAAAAGGGAACCCGGAGUCCUAUCAUCUCAGCCAUUGUCUUUGCAAGCACGUCGCAUCCUUAGUGGCUGUCUGUGUGAUCCUGCACUUAGGGAUCAGUGUCAAGUCCCAGCAAACGCUGCCUGUGCAGAAAUGACGUCACUUCCUUUAUUUUUAAUAGACAGUGAAUGAGGUAAGACAACCACAGGCUUCUCGCCCUCUGGGAUUGAUUUUCUUUAUUAAGCAAAAGCCAUUUAGAAGCUCAGUCCAUAUCAAAACCACGCUCAGAAAGUGCUCAGAAAGUCGAAAUUUAAAAGUUCACUGACCAGGCGUGACCUCUGAGACCUUCAUUCUGGCUGAAGCCUGGCCUUGAGCCUCUGUGGUUAGAAACAUGGGGAAAGGUGGCCGGACUUUUCUGGAAAGGUUUGACAACUUUAUGUGAACCAGUGGCUGAAUUUGAGACCUCAAGCCCGCGAUUUGUAUGUGAAACCAUCCAGCCACCACCCUUUAAACAUGCCUUUCUGAGGUGGCAGCCAGCCUGGGCCCUGGUUCCAGUGGUGCACAGGCACACCGUGGUCCUUCCUGCCUUGCCUGACCACUGCUGUCUGUUUCAGGGUUUCAUUUGUCCUUGUGGUGGGAGUGACAGCCUCCUGGGAGGCUGUGUUCCCACUCGGCAGCACAGGCUCCAUAACUGAAGACGGAGUCACCUGGUAUCUGGGACACUUCUGAAGGUUCCCAUGCCUCUGUAACCCCACCUACUCACACCUCAGCCUAUGGCAAUCUUCCUAAGCACAUGACUGGACACAGCCAGGAACCAUAGGGUUUCUAGGGCCGAAUGAGUGUGGACAGAGUAUCCCUGUCUGCCCUGAGCCUUUGUAUCAAGCCUACUUACUCGUUAGAUUUCUUAAUAAAGCUAACAUGUCCAUUCCCUCUAGAAACACCAGCAAGAUCACACUGAAAUAUAUAAGCUUGCCUUGUUCCCUGUGGGAGUCCUUUUAGCAGAGACACCCACGUCAUUUAUUAUGGACAUUCAGCUUGAACCACAUGUGAUGUGAACUGCAUGUGGAAUAGUAACGAUGAUGGCCCCCCGAUGUGACUGGGCUUGCUCUCAGUCCAGGGUAGCUUGAAGUGCUCUGUGAGCAUUUGUAGCACCCUUUCUGCUGCUUGGUGUAGGUUUGUCAGAACUGAAAAUGGAGUUCCCUGAGACAGACCCUGUUCCCGAUGGAAGAAGACUGUUCCGUCCCGAGCUUGUGGGAAACCCUCUUCGUGACAGGCAGUGGGCUCUCUGGUAGGGCUCUGUAGUAGGGCUAUAUCUAGAAGGGCUAUCUCUGCUGAGGGCCUGCUGGCCUGUGGGUUAUCUGAGGCCAUUGGGUGGCUAACCAUGCCGUAGUCUUACGGGGUGUGCUAAUCCCUGCCAAGCGUAGCCCUCCAGCCUGUGGCUUCAUAUGCUCACCAGGGUGAUGCCUUCAGAGGCGAAGUCAUGAUGGGUGUUCAUGGAGCUGGGAGCCAGCUCCUGUGGUCGGGACAAAGAUGUGGACUCCAUGGAUUAUGGACCACCUCAGCACCUGGGAGUCGCUCAGAUUGCAGGCCCAGCGCCUUCCCCACUUCAGUACCUGUCCUGAAGAGAACAAAUACUCUCUAUAGUGUAUUGUUCCAGAAAACAGGUGUGAGACCUUGUCCAGGUUCCCCGUUAAACACGCGCCCCCCCAUGGGAGGAAGGAUCGUCAGGCUUGAACACCUGACUUCCAGAUGAAUUCAUCCUUUCCAUUGGAAUUAGAAAAGGGGAAAGGUUAUUUUAUGAAUUAGAAGUGUUUCCCUUGGUCGCCUUUAAAAAUUAGGGGAUGGGAAAGGACGAGGGAGGACUUAUUUUGUAUACUUCCUAGAUUCCUACAGAUUAAUAAACAUACCUGUGAAUAUAUAUAUAUAUGUAAAUCACACCGAAAUCAUCAAGGGAAACACUUUGCAUGUAUACAAUUUCAUGAAGGUUUUCUUUUUUUUUUUAAAAAAAAAAAAAAAGAUACCAAAGCUUGUUUCUCUCUCACAAUGAACCCAAACCCUUGUAAAGUUAAAUAAGGUAAAGAGAUUGUAACUGGCUGUUGCCAAAAAACUCGGCCAGGAGGGAGGGGCUUAUGUUCAAACAAUUGCCAAUGCCCUGUGAUUAGGAGAGCCCGCCCUUUUGGCAGUUAACCCCACCCCCCACCCCGUGGUCUCCAGCCCUCCUGACUUGUAUAAUCCUGUCUUCCAAGACCCCAGGGCCCUCCAGUUAGGUGUAAGCUGUGUGCCACGUGCCUGACCUUAUACUUUUAUACUUUGCCUCGGGUGUAUUUCAAUCUUGUAUAAAAAACAUGCAUGUGUCAGUCAUACGCACGUGCACACGUAUACAUUCUGUAUUUGACAAGUGGUGGUAAGACCCAACAAACACACACACACACACACACACACACACACACACACACACACACACAC